UGAGUGCAUGCAGACAGCGUUGGAGCAGAAGCGCUUGCAGUCAGGCUGGUUAUGUUUAAGGACUGAGCUCGCCCCCUCCACCCUGUGAAUGAAUGUGCUUUUCUGAGUGUGUCAUCUGCUGUGGAAGUCAAUUCAGAGUUUAAGAGUGAGAGACAUGGCUCCGAAAAAGGCCAAAGGAGAUGAUGCACCAAAGCCACCGCCACUGAUUGGAAGGUUUGGGACUUCUCUGAAGAUAGGGAUUGUUGGAUUGCCCAAUGUUGGGAAGUCAACCUUUUUCAACGUGCUGACAAAGAGUCAGGCUCCAGCAGAAAAUUUCCCCUUCUGCACCAUUGACCCAAAUGAAAGCAGAGUGCCCAUUCCAGAUGAACGCUAUGAUUUCCUCUGCCAAUUCCACAAACCUGCCAGUAAAAUCCCAGCAUUCCUUAAUGUUGUGGACAUUGCUGGCCUGGUGAAAGGUGCUCAUGUCGGCCAAGGCCUGGGAAACGCCUUCCUCUCCCACAUUAACGCGUGCGAUGGCAUCUUCCACCUGACACGUGCUUUUGAGGAUGAGGAUAUCAUCCAUGUCGAGGGGACGGUGGACCCUGUUCGAGACAUCGAGAUCAUCCACGAGGAGCUGAGGCUGAAAGAUGUGGAGAUGAUCGUCCCCAUUAUCGACAAGCUGGAGAAGACGGCCGUUAGAGGCGGUGACAAGAAACUCAAACCAGAAUAUGACGUUAUGUGCAAAAUAAAGAGCUGGGUCAUGGAUGAAAAGAAGCACGUCCGCUACUAUCAUGACUGGAAUGACAAGGAGAUCGAUGUGCUGAACAAAUACUUGUUUCUGACAUCUAAACCAAUGAUCUACCUCGUUAAUCUUUCUGAGAAAGACUACAUAAGGAGGAAGAACAAAUGGUUGGUGAAAAUCAAGGAGUGGGUGGACAGUCACGACCCCGGAGCCUUGGUCAUCCCCUUCAGCGGCAACCUGGAGAGUCGACUGCAGGACAUGAGCGAAGAGGAGAGACAGAAGUGCUGCAAAGAGCACAAGACGCAGAGUGCCCUGAGCAAGAUCAUCAAGGCGGGCUAUGCAGCCCUGCAGCUGGAGUACUUCUUCACCACUGGCCCAGACGAGGUCCGUGCCUGGACCAUCCGGAAAGGAACUAAGGCUCCACAGGCUGCGGGGAAGAUCCACACGGACUUCGAGAGGGGCUUCAUUAUGGCAGAAGUAAUGAAAUUCCAGGAUUUUAAAGAAGAAGGCAGUGAGAGCGCUGUCAAGCUGGGAAAUACAGACAGCAGGGAAGAAACUACACGGUUGAGGAUGGAGACAUCAUUUUUUUCAAAUUCAACGCACCAAAUGCACCAAAGAAAAAGUGACUUAGGAAGAAUAUUAUUAUUGUUUACACAACUGAUUUUAUGCUUGAUUUCCUUUUGGGCCCCGUACAUGCAGUGCCACCAGAAAGUAUUCACACCCCUUCACUUUUUCCACGUGUCCUUAAACUUAUUCUGAAAAUGGUGUGUGUAAAGUUUUCUUUUUAAAUAAAUCUACUCAGAAUGCCCUGUUAAGACAAAUAAAAUACAUUGUCAGACAUUUUUGUACAUUUUCUAAAAAUUGUCAUAUUUAAGCUUAAUAGGAAAGUAAGGAUUCACACCCUUUGAAGUCACAGUCAAAAUGGAGAUCUGCAUCUAAUUUCCACUGAUUUUGUUUGAGAUGUUUCUUCAACUUGACAAGCCUGUGGUAAAAUUCAGUCGACUGAACAGAAUUUGAAAAGUAACCCAUUUGGUCUGUAAGAGCUCUCACAGAUGACAGUGGAUAUUGGAGCAGAAACCAAGCAAGGCACAAAUCUGGAGAAGGAAAUGAAGACAUUUCAUCACCACUGUACAUAAAGAAAAAUGCUGUUUGAAGAUCUGGCUGGCUGAAGAAACUGAUAAAUGAGGGAACUUUUUUCGACAGCAGUAACUGGGAGACAAAUACACAGAGGUUCUUCAAGAAAGCCUUCUCCAGAGAGUCCUGAAGCUCAGACUUUGUCAACAAUUCAUCUGCCAACACAAGAAUCCACCAACGGACACUGCCAAGAUAACAAAGGAAUGGUUUCAGACCAUACUGUGAAUGUCCUUGAGUGGCCCAGUCAGAGCUGGACUUAAAUCUAAGUGAACGUCUUAGAUAAAUGAUCUAAAAAUGGUUUUAAAAAUUGAUCCAAACAUGUCUGAGCUUAAAAGGAUCUGCCAAUAAUAAUGAUAGAUACUCAAAGCAGGUGUACCAAGCUUAUAGAGACAGUCCAGUAAAGACUUGAGUCUCACUAAAAAUGCUUUGAACAAAUACUCAGCAAUGGGCAAGAAACACUUGAUUAUUUUUUACAUCUAUCUUAAUGGCUGAUUUUUCCAAUAUUCAUUGGGUAAUGUGUGUAGAUGUGUGGGGAAAAUUAAAACUCUAAUCUAUUUUAGAACCAAAGCGAAGGGGUGUCAAAACUGUCUGUUGGCACUGAAGUGCCUCUUCUUAAGUUUUGGUUCCCCACGUUGAGAGCCAAAACAGAGGUUCUGUAAACUGUGACAGAUUCUCUAUUUAAGAUCAGCAUCAGGGAUCCCCCAGCCCCCUCCAAAUUGUAGCAGCAUUUUAAGGAGCAUAUUACUCUCCAGAUACUUCAUUAAUCUCCAUCACGGGUGCCAGCUCUGACACAGCUGACAGUGGAGACAAUACCACCUGCUCUGCUCCCCCUCCUGCAGAUAAUGCAUGUUUUACAGUAGGCCAGAUGUCUACACUCAAUAAAACAUUUGACAAAAACCAGCCUGUGUGUGUUUAGGGAUGUCUGUAUUGAGCGGAGAGCUGCAUGGGGAUGGCGAUAGCGGUCCUGCCGACCACUGAUUAGAGAAUUAAAAGACACAGCUGACAUUGACUGUAGUGUAGAGGGGACAAUUAUAAUUAAGUCUGUUAAGUGAUGCUGAUUUUGGAAGGGCACAUGGAGGAUGCAGGUGCUUUUUGCCAAAAGGAAGUGGUCAUUUUGAAUUAGUAUUUCCAAACAGAUUGAACUAACCUUUCACUGAAUGUGUGCACUCUAUCUUUUCCCUGAAACCAGAGCUGGCCCAAAGGAUAAGAAAACUAAGUCACUCAUAGUUUGAGCUCCAAGGCCAGCAGGGCAUAAUUUUUUGGGCGGAGUUUUGUGGCAGCUUUCCAAAAAACCAUUUAAGGCUGUUUUGAAACUUCAAGGGGAUCACAUAUCUUACAAUACAAAAAAAAAAAAUGCAUCCUGCACAUAAUUGUUUGUAAGUGAGGUAGAACCCAGUUGUAAUGCUAUUCCCAAUAAAGUAAAACCAAAAAACACAUUGUGAAAUGUGCCUUAAGAAUAUUUUAAGAGGUUUUUUAUCCUCAAGACUUUACACAUAUAGCAUCAAAUUUAGAAAACUAAAAAUGGAAAACAUAAAAUUUGAAGAAAAAUUAAAAUAAAAUCAUAUAUCUUUAUAGGUUCAUGCAGCUAACUUGAACUAGCUAACUGACUAACUAACUCUAUUGCUGUGUGGUAUCUGAAUAUCUGUGAGUUUUACAGGAUCAACUUUUUAUACCAAGCAUGCUUCCACAUGGUAGAGAUUUUUCUUUCCCACUGAAACCUCCAGUCUGUGUACUACACCGCAAAUAAUGGCAACAACAACCAUAAAAACACUUGAAGAAAUAUGUUGCACUAUUUUUCUUCAACUGGCUGUACUGUAAAAUUGAUUGUAUAUGUAUUGCUCAAUAUUUAAAAUUAAAACACAAAGUAUUCAUACCCCUGCCAGAUUAAGGCUUUCAAAUAAUCUUAAUGCAAAUGUAAUAUUAGCCUUUUGGCGUGACAAACAGUCUUUACUUGAAUGUGAUGGGAAAUCUUUAAGGGGAGCUAAAGGCUACAGUGACGGCUCAGAGGCCUUUCUCCCUCAAAGAUUUGAAUUUAAUCACCCAAGAAGAAUCACCAAAACAUCAGUGAAAACGUUCCAAAAAUCUGGUCAGCUUCUAUACAGGGAUCUGAUUG